CAUCCGCAACUCGAAUGUUUUUAACUCGUAAAUUUAUCCAUGCGAAUCGGUCCAAAAUGUCUUCCAUGGAUCAGUUCAAGGCUUCAAUGGUUUUAAGUGCUGUAGGGGAUGCAUUAGGCUACAAGAAUGGCGAGUGGGAAUUCUGUCAUUCCGGAGAGGCUAUUCAUCAACAGUUGCAAACACUCGGUGGCCUCGAGAAAAUUGACGUCAAGGGCUGGAUUGUAAGCGACGACACUGUGUUACACCUGGCCACUGCUGAGGCUCUUGUGUCUCCCUGGAAAACACGUGAAGAACUUUUCCUCAAACUUGCUGCAAAUUACAAAGCUGGCAUGGUUUACUGAGUGCAUAGAUUUCUUGAUGCUCAAACUCAUCAAAGAUCAAGCACCUCUAUUUGCGUUUUCAGCCUCUCAUUUAAGGGAACUCUUUUGUGUAGUCACAGCAUUGCAGUAGGAUUUACAAACAAUGUGUUAUGUUUAUGUACAAGAUUAUUUCUACUCCCUCUAGAUGGGAUCUAUUGCAGGGUCAAACCUCUCCUGCUUCCCCCACACACUGCUUUUUUCGUUAGGCUUUCAAACAGUUUCCUGUUACCCGUUUAUACUUCUGGUUUGGGAGAGGCACUUUUAGAGAAAAGUUUCUUGUCCAAGUAGAUAGCACCAUAACCCAGCCAGAUCUCUAGCCAGUCUCUUUUGAUCAGGGCCGGGUUGUUCAAAGCUGGUUUAAGAUAACCCACGGUUCAUGUGAAAUCUGAUUUCAGAUCUGAAAGCUUUAAAAGAAAAUUCAGUCCAACUCUUUUUGUCUAGAAUAUGAUUAUUGGAUGCUCUAAAAAGAAUACAGAAAAUUGUCCCAAAAAGGCUCUUGAAUAAAGGAAUAAAGAAACCCAGAUUAAAAAUUUAACCUUGGGUUAGCACUAACUAGCCUUUGAACAAACAGUCACUAUCC